AAAUCAUUGUCGUGAUGUCAGGAUUUGUUAACUACUUUAACUUUCUUUUGAAACAAGAUGGGUUAAAAGUUCUUAAAUCUUUUUUUAUAAUUUAUUUUCAGUGUACUGUAUAAACACUAGGGUUAGGCUAUUUUUUAAAGGGGUGGGGAGCUUUGGGCAACUUAAUGGGAGCAGAUCUGCAGAAGCUGAUGGAGAAAAUGAAAAAGUUAAGGAAAGCACUCCUUAAAUAAAUAAAUAAAAACCCGUGUAAACGCAAGUUAGGAUAGAGGACCCAACGUGUCUGGCUCCCCUUAAAGGGCCAGGUUCCUGGGGACUGAGAAACCCCGCCUUCUUCCCCCUGUUUCCCAGCGUGCACUGCAGGGAGCAGGGAAGAGAAAGAAGGAAGGAAAGUCCUGAAGUGGGGGAGGAGUCAGGGGAGAAAAGUGAGUACUGUACUGUACUGUAUAGAGGAGAGAAUUCAGGCUUGGGGAGACGGGAGGGGAUUUUGACCUAGGGAGGAAAAGCAAGAGGGAAGGUUAGGCACUGCUGGAAAGGGAAAUGUUGAAGUUAAAGUAGGCUGCUUGCAAAAGGGGGUGGUACUGUGAAAUCUCAGGAUAUCGGUUGGUUAAAACCGAUUGGGUAAAUCCUUUGGGGAUGCUUAUGUCUGAGUACAUGGAGAAUAGUUAUACACAGACACAUAUUCUGCAAAAUUCCUUAAAGAUCGGAUGAAGCGGAUCUGGGCAGCUAGUACUAUGAUGUUUACAUGGCUAGUUGCAAAACCUUGGAAAAUACAGUCUGCUUUUGAUGGAAUUGUGAUUUACUUUCUGUUAGUGCUGACUUUGGGGGCAUUUAAUCUUCUGGUGCCUUUGGAAAUUGGCAUUCAUUUCUCCAUUGUUGCUUCAUUAUCCUAUUUAAUUAAAGGCCAUCUGCUUUCUAGAACUAUUAGAGUAAAAUUGGAAUUUCAGUCUGGCUGAUCAGUGCUGUGUGUGUGUACAGACAUAUACACACAGACACCCACCCACACACCAGUGUGUGUUAAUCAUUGUAUUUUGAAAUACAUAACAGGCUCCCCAGAGGCUUGCAGUUUAAAAGAUGUGGAUGAAUAUGAGGGAACACGUGAAAUAGCAGAAGCUGUUCUGAGGGACAGAAGCUGAUCCCCGGAGAUAGAAGACUUCUUGUAGAUGACAGCAGUCAUGCCUCCCAACAAGGAUGCCCCUGGCUGCCUUGGCUCACCUCCCGGUUUGAUCUGCCUACCACCCAUCUCUGAGGACCUCCAGUUGGUGUGGACACAGGCAGCACAGACAAGCGACCUUGAUGGCAACCAGCAUCUGCUACAAACUUUCAGCUAUUUUCCAUACCCCAGCCUCUCUGAUCUGGCCUUGCUCUGCCUGCGUCAUGGCCUCCACAUGGAAAAGGUCAAGGCCUGGUUCAUGGCACAGCGCCUACGCUGUGGCAUCAGUUGGAGUGCAGAGGAAAUUGAAGAGACACGAGCUCGCCUCAUCUACCAUCAGGACCAGCUUCACUUUAGCUGCCUGCUUGCCAGGAAUGAUGAUGACCCCUGGCACCAAACUUGUAAGAGUCAGGAAUAUCACCGACCGGUUCCUACCUCUGUGCACCAUUCCACUAAAUAUCCGCCGAACCAGCAGUCUUCCAUAACUCACUUAAGCCACUUCACCACAGCCCAAGGAAUGAGGGAACUUGGGAGAAUCACUCAGGACAUUUGGGAAUUGAAGGGGAAUGUCUUGUCCCACCAUAACAAAGUUCAGGAGAACUGUGAACCUUCAGGAACCUCCGUGCAGCUUCACAAUACCAAAGAAAUCCUUUCUAGUUCUCAUCUACCUACCACAACCACCAGCUUGGAUCGCAAUUUCCAUAACUCUCACCCUAUGACCUGGGGUCUUACCAAAGCACCCCUGCAGCCGGCUGAACCUGUCACACCUGCAGUGAAUGGUGGGAAUCACCCAGUGAUUCUUCCAGCGGUCUCUUCCACCAAAGCUACCCCAUCAUCCUCUACAGCUACAGCCAAUGUUGAGUCACACAGCCUUCAGAACUAUCAGUGCCCUGUGGGGGACCAGCAGCAGGCUUCAGGUUACCUCUCAGACAUUCUUCGCAAACCUAGGCGAAAAACAAAGGAACAACUGGAUAUGUUAAAGUCCUUCUUCCUUCGUCGUCAGUGGGCCAGGAGAGAGGAUUAUCACCAGCUGGAGAAGAUCACUGGUUUACCACGAGCAGAGAUCAUCCAGUGGUUUGGAGACACUCGCUAUGCCCUCAAACAUGGCCAGCUGAAAUGGUUUCGGGACAAUGCAGGACAGAAUCCAGAGCCUGUCUCCUCAAUACCUCCUCACCCACUGCAUGCUCACCAUCCAGACAUAAGCCCACUGAAACGGUGCCGUGCAAGCCACCUGCAGCUGCAGGAAAAUGACUUGUCAGCACUGUGCCAUGAGUCUGGUAUGGAGGCUGAGCAGGUGCUGAAGUAUUUCAAUUCACACUCGCCAGCACCAUGCGAGGUAGAGGUAUGCUUGGGGGAUGAGGACGAAGUAGAUGAGGAGGUGGCAGCCGCUAUGAUAAAAGUAGAAGAUGAAGACUAUGAGGAAGAUGAUGAUAAUGAGGACGAGGAGGAGGAGGAUGAAGACUGGGUUGCCUAGGGCUCUUGUGUGAGUGUUGGAUGGAUAUUAGUGAUUCUGGACUUCUGAGAUAGGUCUGGGGGAAGGAUCAAGAUUCAACUGGCAAAUGUGUUACUAGGUUCUGUUCCAUCAAAUUCCCGCCCUUAGUCAUGGUUCCAAAACACUGAAUUUGGUCCCCUUUUCUGUUCCAGCAUAUUUAUGUGUGUCGCCCGCCCCCGCCCCCCAAGUUUUAGAAUUGAAGUAAAAUAAAUUUGUACCAUGCAGUGAUGUGUUUAAUCAGAGAGUUAGAAAGGUGUAGGAUAAGGGGCUUCUUACACCCUUUCUCCAGAAUCCAUAGAACGAGCCCAUUCAGUAGUGUGCUGGACCUAUAAAUUUCUUUCGUAUCAAACUUUCAAAUUGCAGCCUUUGUGUUGUGCUCAUAGAGUCUAAAUUGUUUCCUCCUUCUAGAAUCCUGGUGCAUUUUUCCUUCUUGCCGUUCUUGAGUUCUAAAGCUGCUACAUUCCCUCAUUUUAAACGGGAUAUCUGGGAUAAGAGAACCAUGUUAUUCUGCUUUGUCUCUCUGCUUCCAACUAAUUCUUUGACUCCUGCUUGUCAGUGUUUUCCUCACUGGCACAGUGACAUAGCUUAUACUGUAUGACUCUCUGUACCUUCACUUAUGGAACAAUGUCUUUUUUUCGAAUUCCAUCCAAAAAAUAUGUAACAUCUGGCUACUCUCCUAUGUAUCAAUCCUAUUUCAUUCUGCUAAGUGAAGCAGCAGCCUAGGGAAUACAAUGAAGAAACAUUUAUUUUGGCUUUAUAAAUCAAAGUCCCUUUACUGACAGAUCACAUUUUAAAAAAUGGAAUUUAGACUAAGCUCUUCCAAGCUUUUAGCUCUAACCCACCUCUCCUUUGGCUUUUUUCUGUUUGUUUACUUAUGGGAUUUUGUUUUUCAUUUUUAAAAUUGUGGCCCAAAAUUACAGUUAUAAAUAUUUGAUUUUUGGCAGUUGCCAAUCAAGGAUGGUGACUUUGUGCCUUAAUCUAAGUUGUCUUCCGUUUCAUUCUCUCCUUGCAUUUUAAUUGCCUCUUCUUUGUACAGCUUCUAACUUUUCUUCUGCUCUUGAUGAUCUUAGGCUAAUAGAAUUGUAGACUUAGAAAGGACCACAAGCAUCAUCAAGUCCAACCCCCUGCAGUGCAGGAAUCUUUUGCCCAACUUGGGGCUCAAACCCAUGACCCUGAGAUCCAUGGGUCUCAUGGGUAAGAGUCUCACACUCUACCAGCUGAGCUCCUUAGGUGGAUGUCAUCACCCUUUUUUUAUUCAUUCCUGUGCUCACUCUCCCUUUACUGGUGCCUUGAUCCACCAGUUUUCACGUUGGUCAUAUAUCCACAGUCAUAUAUCCAUUUUGAACUAGAUGGUUGAUGGCUAUGAACUGAAACCCACCACUUUCCAUUGCAGCUUACUUGGAGGUGAGGUAAGGUGUAGAGACCAUCUCCUUUAUGGAAGAAAUGGAGGAAGCAUUGCUGUUUGUAUGCCAUCUUUAUUCCAUCCACAAAGCCAAUACUGUCACUGAAACAGGGAUGUGUUUCCUACCCUGCUCCCUGCCCCAGAAUCUAAGGGAUCAAAAGCUGCUGUAAACUCUCAGAACUGGCCCUAAAUCAUUUAUAAGGGGUUAUAGGGAAGAUGGAUUCUGAUAUUUAUGGAACAAUGAGUAGGCAGAAGAUUGUACAUAGUGAUACUAAUCUGCAUUUUUUUUAAAAAACCAAACCUAUUUAUUAAAUCACUGUUUCAAGCAUUUUUACAGAGUAGCUGAAAAAGCAACACCUCUUUCCCCUGCAAGAAAAACUAAAAAUAUUUGUACUGUAUAAGCUGGUCAUAGGGAGAGAAGGCAGAACAUGGGACUGUACAAACUUGUGUGAUGUUGGAGAUAAAUAAAAUAGACUGAGGUGUGGAUUUAGUUCAAAUAGCCAUAACUGUGGGAUUCUCUUGAUAAUUAGUCUUAUCUUUCAAAGGAAUACUUGUCACAUCCUUACUCUGGAAAGCAACUUUGGUUAUACAGUAUGGAGAAAAUAGUCCUAUAUUCUAUGCAACUGGAAUAAAAAAAGGAACUUUUCUAUUGAGCUGCCAGUGGCUAAAUUGCAACUGAGAACUUCAAAAAUGCAUACAUACUAGCUUCUCAACAAAUGAAUCUUAUUUCAAUUUUGGCAAGUUUAUUUUAUGAUCUACGAACUGCUUUAUAAGUUGCAAUAGUCUGCUAGAAAAUGUCAUAGCCUAGUAACACUGAGCCUUGAAAUAAGCCUACUAAGUAUGCCUUUGAUCACCUUUCCUGCAAAUAUAUAUUACACCACUUAAGUCUAUCACAUGUUAGAUCUCCUGAAACAAUAUAUUGUGUUACG